UGUUUUUCUACAACUCGAACAUAAAAAAAAUAGAAGAGCCGCACGUUGAAUUUUUCUCCCACUUCCUGCCACCUGUUUUCUUUGUACCUGUGUUACGCGUUUCACGUUUUACCUGUCCGCCGCUAAUGGUCCGUCGAGUCACCUGAAAUAUGGUACACCGAAGUCACGCCCCCACUUAUCAGUUAUCGUUUUCAUUUUUUACGUGUAGCUCGCUGAAGUGAAAUCGCUAGCAAUAACAUCCGUCCAUACGCUUUACAAAAUGUUUUUAUAAAUCUAACGCAAUAUUUCAUAAAAUGAGUGAACAGUCGAACGGCGGUCCAACGGUCGAGGCAGGCCAUGGAAACAUCGGAAAUGGGGCCCCGGUGGCCCCACAACCUGCUUUGACUGCCAGGACGUGGGUGAAAUUCGAAGAGGAGCCCCCCGCAGGCGCUAAUGGUGAUAUAAUUGUUACUCUUCUUCCUGUAAAUACUCAAUGCCCAUGGAUCACUCCUGCACAAUUCCGUCCAGAACUCGUCCCUGAAGAACUAAUGGCACAAGGAUUAACUGUAAGUAUAAGUAAUCCUUGUCAUAUUUUUGAGCCUUUUCAAUCCUAG